CCCGCCCCGGCUGCAGGAUCGGUACCUCCCUCUCCAGCAGCUAGAUUGCCAGCCUGGAUGUGGAUGUCGGAUCACCGCCGCUACGCUACUGCAACAGAUGUCUGAGAGCUAGCCAGCUGAGUAGAGGACUUCCCUCUGUGCCCGUGCUCUCCACCUGCAGCCAUGAAUGGUGGAGCCAGUGUGUGGGCCAUCACUCCAGAGGAGAGGGGGAAACACGACAAACAGUUUGACAGCCUCGCCCCCAUCCUCGGCUAUGUCUCAGGAGAACAAGCAAGGAAAUUCUUCCUCCAGUCUGGCCUGCCCGCUUCUGUCCUGGCUGAGAUCUGGAACUUAGCUGACAUGGAAAGCGAUGGGAAGAUGGACAGACUGGAGUUCUCCAUAGCUAUGAAGCUCAUUAAACUCAAGCUACAGGGGCGCAAUUUGCCCUCUGCCCUGCCAGUCAUCAUGAAGCAGCCGCCUGUCUCCAAUUCGGCUUCAACUAUUCCUUCAUCGGCACGUUUCGGAAUGGGUUCUAUGCCAAACCUGUCAGUUGGUCUGUCAUCCAUGUCAGCUAUGUCAGCCAUGUCCAUCCUAACACCCAUCCCGGCUAACCCCCCCAUGCCCUCUGUGCAACCCUUGGUGCCAACGCCAAUGACUCUGCCCCUCAUCACCUCCCUGGGAAACUCUGGACUCUCCAACGGCAAUGUCAGCCUCCUCACCCCACCACUUGUUCCCAACAAUGCAGCACUCCCUCUCUCUGGCUUCUCUUCGCCCAUGGCGUUCUCUCCAACCCCCGGCAUGUCAAAAGCCAACUCUCUCCUGGACCUUGGAUCCAGCAGUUCAAAUUCUUCCUCCACCACAUCCUUGGCCAGUAACUCUCCGAAGACGGGUGCAAGUGACUGGGCCGUUCCGCAGGCCUCCAGACUGAAGUACCGUCAGCAGUUCAACACGCUAGACAAGCUCAUGAGUGGCUACUUAUCAGGACCUCAGGUUAGAAAUGCGCUGAUGGCAUCAAACCUUACCCAGACUCAGCUAGCUACCAUCUGGACUCUGGCAGAUGUGGAUAAGGAUGGUCAGCUACGAGCUGAUGAGUUCAUUCUGGCAAUGCAUCUGGUGGACAUGGCUAAAACUGGCCGACCUCUACCACUCACACUGCCUCAAGACCUGGUACCUCCCUCUCUCAGAGGAGGAAUGAAGUCCAGUGAGCUUGUCAAUGGGACGGGACCCUACAUAACUCCCUGUUUAAUAGACACAACAGAGGCAGAACCUCCACAAAAGACCAAGAGCAGUGUGUCUUUUGAGGACAAGCUGAAGGAGAACUUUGCACGAGGCAGCGCCGAGCUGGAGAAACGACGACUGGCUCUGGAGGAGGAGCAGAGGAAAGAGAGGGAGAGGAGAGAGAGGGAGGAGAGGGAGGCUCAGGAACGGAGGGAGAGGGAGGCCAGGGAGCAGGAGAACAGGAGGAGGCUGGAGGAGGAGAGACGGUUGGAGAGGCAGAGAGAGAUGGAGAGACAGCGGGAGGAGGAGAGGCUGAGGGAGCUGGAAAGGAAGGAGGCGGCAAAGCAGGAGAUGGAGCGUCAGCGGAGGGAGGAGUGGGAGCGAGGGAAGAAGGAGGAGCUGGGCAGAAGGAGAGAGGGGGAGCAGGAAGAAAUCUCUCGACUCAGGGCCAAGAAGAAAAGUCUAGAGUUGGAGCUGGAGGCUGUGGGCAACAAGCACAAGCAGAUCUCAGACCGUCUCCGUGACGCUCAGAGCAAGAGGCGGAUUCAGAAGGCAGAGGUGGACCUCGUCAAUCAGAAGAGAGACGCUCGCAUCGUGGAGAUCAACACACUGCAGCUUCAGUUUGAGGAUUGGCAGAGGAAGCUCUCACAGCUGGUCCCAGAACAACAGAGGCUGACUGAGAAGCUGCGAAACAUCACCCUCAACAAACUCUCAUCGGGGACUUUGACCUCUCUGACCGCAAGUGUGACCGAGAAAGGCGUGAACUGCCGGAGGCUGAAGGACCAGUUAGACACUCUGGAGAGGGAAACGACAGAUAAACUGGCCCAGAUGGAGCAGUACAACAAGGAGCUUAAGGAGCUGAGGGAGAAGCAGGUGAAGCAGCAGUCUGUCCUGGACGACCUGUACCGAGUCAAAGAGGAGAAACUGAGGGAGCUGCAGAGACGCAGAGAGGAGGAGAGAGAAAGGAGGAGGAGGGAGGAAGAGGAGGCAGCCAGACAGGCAAAGCUAGAGCAAGAGAGGAGAGAGCAGGAGCAGAGGGAGCGGGAGAGGAGGGAGAAGGAAGAGGAGGAGGCCCGGCAGAGGAGGCUCCUGGAGGAGCAGAGGGCCAGACAGAGGGAGGAGGAGGAGAGGGAGGCACAGGCUUGCCUCCGAGCGGCCCAGGAGAAAGCACGGGAAGAGGAGAGAAAAAGAAAAGAGGAGGAGGAGAAGAGGAAAAAAGAGGAAGAGGAAGAAGAAGAGAGGAAGCGGAAAGAGGAGGAAGAGAGGAGGAGGAAAGAGGAGCAGGAAAGAGAAGGACAGCAGCCAGCACUGGUGGCUCAGCGAUCAGUGAAGCUCACCACAUACAGAGCCCUGUACUCCUUUGUUGCCCGCAACGCAGAUGAGCUGAGUAUAGACGCAGACUGUCUCAUAGAGGUGGAUGAGCAGACUGUCGGUGAGCCUGGCUGGUUGUGCGGGAGUUACCGUGGAAACAGGGGCUGGUUCCCCCAGAGUUACGCGGAGAAAUGUCCCACACCUUCCACGACUGAGACUGCCCCUUCUUCGCCCGGAAAAACGUCCUGUCCACCGCCACAACUUAACAUAGGAGUCCCAGAUGGGGAGGCAACGGGCGACAGCACUGCUCCUGCCCAAUCAGACGCUUCACAGCCCUCGGCCCCUCUGCUGGCCCGUGCCGUCUCCUCGUGGUCGGCCACCUCCGACACUCACCUCAGUCUGUCCUCCGGUGACGCCAUCACUGCGCUGCUGAGCUUCUCGCAGGGUGACAUCAUCAGCGUGCUGCAGCAGAAGGACGAGUGGUGGUUGGGACAGCUCAACGGGACACAGGGAUGGUUUCCCAAGAGCUAUGUUGCUUUGGAGACGAGUGGCAAUACAGAUGUGGACGGAUUUGACACAUCUGACUCUGCUCAGCUAGAGGAGUAUGUGGCCUUGUACACGUAUGAGAGCCCAGAGGUGGGAGACCUGACGUUUGUUGAGGGGGAUGUUGUCAUGGUGACAGAGAGAGAAGGAGAAUGGUGGCGAGGAUGCAUCGGAGACCAGACAGGGGUGUUCCCCUCCAACUACGUCCGACCUGUUGAGCCAGAGGUAUCAAGACCCGGAGCUCCAACCAAGAAACCUGAGAUCGCUCAGGCAGUCACCACCUCCGUUGCCCCGGCGAUUCAUCAGCUGCAUCUGUCUCCAGGGCAACUGAUUGUGGUUCUGGCAAAGAACUCCACCGGCUGGUGGCUCGGGGAACUGCAGGCUCGGGGUAAGAAGCGGCAGAGGGGCUGGUUUCAUUCCUCUCACGUCAAACUCCUGGGUCCCGCCAGCAGCAAGUCCUCUCCCUCCCCCCUGCCAGUGUGCCAAGUUAUCGCAAUGUACGACUACACUGCUGCCAGUCGAGAUGAGCUGAGCUUCUCCAAGGGUCAGUUGAUCAACAUCCUGGACAAGACAAACCCUGAUUGGUGGAAGGGAGAAUCUAACGGGGUCACAGGCCUACUGCCCACCAAUUAUGUAAAGAUGACAACAGAAUCAGACCCCAGCCAGCAAUGGUGUGCCGACCUGAUGACGCUGGACACCAUGACCCCUCAGGAGAGGAAGAGACAGGGUUACAUCCAUGAGCUCAUCCAGACUGAGGAGACGUAUGUGGAGGACCUGGAGCUGGUACUAGAGGUUUUCUACAAACCCAUGUCUGAAUCAGGCCGACUAACAGAAGAUGAGAUGGCGGUGAUCUUUGUUAACUGGAGAGAGCUGAUUAUGUGUAACACCAAACUGCUCAAGGCCCUGCGUGUCCGGAAAAAGACAGGAGGAGACAACAUGCCGGUUCAGCUCAUAGGAGACCUGCUGGCGUCGGAGCUCGCACACAUGCAGCCCUACAUCAGCUUCUGCUCCUGCCAGCUCAACGCCGCUGCCCUUUUGCAGAGCAAAACCCACAACCAGCCCGACUUUAAAGACUUCCUCAAGAAGAUCGCCACUAACUACCGCUGUAAAGGAAUGCCACUGUCCAGCUUCCUCCUCAAGCCCAUGCAGAGGAUCACACGCUACCCCCUGCUAAUCAAGAAUAUCCUGGAGCACACGCCAGACGGCCAUGCUGACCGCAUGCCCCUGAGAGAAGCUCUGGAGCGAGCUGAGGAGCUGUGCUCUCAGGUCAAUGAGGGGGUCAGGGAGAAGGAGAACUCAGACCGGCUGGAGUGGAUACAGAGCCACGUCCAGUGUGAGGGACCUAUAGAGCACUUGGCCUUCAACUCUCUGACUAACUGCCUCGGGCCCCGCAAGCUGCUCCACAGCGGUCGGCUGUACAAAACCAAAAGCAGCAGGGAGCUGUGGGCUUUCCUCUUCAAUGAUUUCCUCCUUCUCACACACAGCGCCAAACCCUUCUCCUCCUCAGGACCAGACAAGCUAUUCAGCCCCAAGACCAACAUACAGCUGAAGAUGUACAAAACACCUUUAUUUCUGAAUGAGGUUUUGGUAAAAAUGCCUCCCGACCCAUCCAGCGAUGAGCCGCUCUUCCACGUCUCGCACAUCGAUCGUGUCUACACGCUCAAAACUGAGACCUUGAACGAGAGGACGACGUGGGUCCAGAAAAUCAAAGCGGCAUCUGAACAUUUCAUAGAAACCGAGAAGAAAAAGAGAGAGAAGGCGUACCAAGCACGUUCCCUUAAAACCAGCGGUAUCGGCCGACUGCUGGUGACUGUCACUGGAGCUCAGGAGCUCAAGGCCUGUAAGCCCAAUGGUAAGAGUAACCCGUACUGUGAGCUGACGAUGGGGGCUCAGUGCUACACCUCCCGACCCAUCAGCGACACUCUGAACCCCAAGUGGAAUUUCAACUGCCAGUUCUUUAUUAAAGACCUCUAUCAAGACGUCCUGUGCAUCGCUGUGUUCGAGAAAGACCAGUUCUCACCAGAUGAUUUCCUGGGUCGGACUGAAGUUCCUGUGGCAACUAUCAAGAAAGAGAUGGAGAGCAAAGGUGCUGCAAACCGAAGCCUGCUACUGCAUGAAGUCCCCACUGGAGAAGUUUGGGUAAAACUAGAUCUACAGCUUUAUGAGCCAAGCAAAUGAAGACAACACGUGGCCAAACACUCCCUCGGACACAGAGAUCAUGAAGAGAAGACAUUUUACAUGAGCAAAACAGCCUUAAAGUGCCUGUUCGUAGCAGGGCAAGCAAUGUUAGACGAGCUCUUGAUUUUAUUGUAACCACCUUAUUUCUGCCCUGAGCCAUCUGGACCCAUUUAAAGUGACCUCAAGCAGAAAGGAAGGAGGCCUUGCCAAAAAUGUAGAGUGACAAACUGGUGAAAUGUCCUCAGAAGUAGUCAUUUAUUGUGGAAAAGGGAAUACUUGCUACAAACAAACCAGCAAAAAUUGUGAAUAGCCAAUACUUUAAUGUUCACGACUUGGAAACGCAGACAUGCCUUAAAAUGCAACCAGGUAGUUUUCCUGAAGGGUUAAGAAAUCUAAUAUUUUUGUAUCAUAUACACUAAUUUGUACACAAUACUACCCCCCUGUUUUGCAUUUCUAUGUUGCACACUACUGUACAAUGUAAUGUCAAAGGUUACACUUAUGGUGUGACCAAGUACGUCAUUAAAUCCUGAAAAUGGCACGAAUAAAAUGUAGACAC